AUGGACAAGGUUUUGCACGUGCCAAUGCCGUUCACGGCCAGCGGUCAGACAAUUAACGAUCGUCUGACUGCCGCGUACCACUCGUUAGCCGGUUCUCAACUGGGCAAGACGGUGUGCAAGGCUACCACUGAGGAAAUAAUGGGCCCAAAGAAAAAGCACCUAGACUAUCUGCUUCAUUGUUCUCACGAGCCGAACGUCAGCAUUCCUCAAAUGGCCAACUUGUUGAUCGAAAGAACGCAGAACACGAACUGGUGCGUCGUGUUCAAGUCGUUGAUAACCAUUCAUAAUCUGAUGUGCUACGGUAACGAGCGGUUUCUGCAGUACCUGGCGUCGAGUAGCACAAAUGUGAACCUCAACAACUUCCUGGACAAAACUACUGUGCAAGGUUACGACAUGUCCACGCACAUACGUCGUUACGCAAAGUACAUCGGCAAGAAAAUCUACACCUACCGUACGAUGGCGUUCGACUUUUGCAAAGUGAAGCGUGGACGGGAAGAUGGGCUUUUGCGAACAAUGUCAAUCGACAAGCUUAUGCGGACACUUCCAGUAUUACAGGAACAGAUUGACUGUCUUCUGGAAUUCCAGGUGUCUCCAAGCGAGUUGAAUAAUGGUGUGAUAAACAGCUGCUUCAUCUUGCUAUUUCGAGACCUCAUACGGCUUUUCGCUUGCUACAACGAUGGCAUUAUAAAUUUAUUAGAAAAAUUCUUUGAUUUAAACAAGAAGAACUGCAAGGAAGCGCUCGACUUGUACAAAAAGUUCCUUACUCGCAUGGACAAAGUGUCGGAAUUUCUGAAAGUUGCCGAGAGUGUUGGAAUCGACAAGUCUGAAAUUCCUGACCUAGCUAAGGCUCCUAACAGCUUACUCGAAGCUCUUGAACAGCAUCUUAGUUCGUUGGAAGGCCAAAAAGUAAUCAGUAGUCAUCAGCCAUUCGUUUCUUCAGAUUGUCAAUGCUACGACACAGAUCGAAACGUCGAUACUGAUGAAUCAUCCGACUGA